AUGGCGAAGAUAAUAGACGGAAAAGCUAUCGCAAAAUCCAUUCGAGAAAAAAUACGUGAUGAAGUUUAUCAAUUGAAACAAAAAUAUUCUAGUUUUAAUCCUCGACUUGCAAUUGUUCAGGUUGGAAAUAGGGAAGAUUCUACUGCAUAUGUGAGACAGAAAGAACAAGCCGCCAAAGAGGUUGGAAUUGAUUUUAUUUUACAAAAAAAAGACGAUUCAAUUGCAACGGACGAGCUUUUGAGAUUGGUUCAUGAAUUAAACUAUGAUCCAUCUAUUAAUGGCAUAUUGGUUCAACUUCCUUUACCGGAACAUAUCGAUGAGAAAUGUAUUGUUGAAGCUAUUGAUCCAAAAAAAGAUGUCGAUGGCUUAUUAAAUCACUCUAGAUUUCAUGCAUAUAAUAUCGGUAGGCUGGCCAAAAGAAAUUGCGAUCCUCUAUUUUUACCAUGUACUCCCAAAGGAAUCAUCGAAUUGCUGAAUCAAACUGGAAUUAUGAUUUCAAGUAAGCGCGCAGUUGUGGUCGGCCGUAGUGAUAUUGUGGGAUUUCCCAUAUUUACAUUAUUAUCAAAAAGAAAUGCUACGGUUACAUUGUGUCAUUCAAAGACGGCCAACCUUCCCGAGAUUGUCAAAACAGCUGAAAUCCUAGUGGCGGCUAUUGGAAAAGCAGAAUUCAUAAAGGGUGAUUGGAUAAGUCCUGGUGCUGUAGUCAUUGAUGUUGGAACCAAUUCGAUUAAAGAUUCCACAAAAAAAUCAGGCUUUCGAUGGGUAGGCGACGUAGAAUUUUCAUCCGCCUCCGCAGUAGCGUCACAUAUAACACCAGUUCCUGGUGGUGUAGGUCCGAUGACAGUUGCAAUGUUAUUACAAAACACAGUGGAAGGUGCAAAAAGGUUUCUGAAAGAAAGUAACGAACAAUUGGGACUGGCCCCAAAUGAAUUUGACUUAUAUGGGCAAUACAAAGCCAAAGUAAGUCUUUCAGUUAUUGAAAGAUUGAAAUCGCGAAAAAAUGGUAAAUAUGUUGUGGUAACUGGCAUAACACCAACACCAUUAGGUGAAGGAAAAUCUACAACUACCGUUGGUAUAGCACAAGCAUUAGGUGCGCAUUUGGGAAAGCUUUCGUUCGCAUGUGUUAGGCAACCUUCACAAGGACCGACAUUUGGCAUCAAAGGAGGUGCAGCUGGUGGUGGAUAUGCUCAAGUCAUACCAAUGGACGAAUUCAAUUUACAUUUAACAGGAGAUAUACAUGCUGUUACCGCGGCAAAUAACCUAUUAGCUGCUGCAAUUGACACACGAAUGUUUCAUGAAAAUACUCAGACAGAUAAGGCUCUUUUCAAUCGUUUAUGCCCCGCUAAAAAUGGCGUCCGUGCCUUUGCCCCUGUAAUGUUGAAGCGAUUACAAAAGCUUGGAAUUGAUAAGACCGAUCCUAAUGAUUUAACUCCUGAAGAGAUUAUCAAGUUUGUUAGACUAGACAUUGAUCCUGAGACUAUUACAUGGCAAAGAGUAAUUGACACAAAUGAUCGAUUCUUACGACGCAUUACUAUAGGGCAAAAUUCAACAGAAAAAGGUCAAACACGUUCGACAGGUUUUGACAUUUCGGUUGCAUCUGAAUGUAUGGCAGUGCUCGCAUUAAGUACGUCUCUUGAAGACUUGCGAGAAAGAUUAGGUAGAAUGGUAGUUGCUACAAAUAAAGCUGGUGAUUCUUCUAUAACAGCAGAUGACCUUGGUAUAGGAGGUGCAUUAACAGUAUUAAUGAAAGAUGCUAUCAAACCAAACCUUAUGCAGACGUUAGAAGGAACACCCGUUUUCGUUCAUGCUGGUCCAUUUGCAAAUAUUGCGCACGGAAAUAGUUCUAUAUUAGCUGAUAAGGUUGCAUUGAAAUUGGCAGGAGUUGAGUGCGAUGCGGAAGGUAAUCCAAUGGAAGGAUGCGAAGAAGGUUAUGUGAUAACAGAAGCAGGAUUUGGGGCUGAUAUUGGAAUGGAAAAAUUCUUUAAUAUCAAAUGCAGACUAUCAGGGUUGGUACCUGAUUGUGUUGUUAUGGUUUCUACAGUCAGAGCUUUGAAAAUGCACGGUGGUGGGCCUGAAGUUACACCUGGAAGUCCAUUACAUGAAACUUAUUUAAGCGAAAAUCUUGAUUUAUUAGAAAAAGGAUGUGUUAAUCUUGUUAAGCACAUCAAAAAUGCAAAAAAAUAUGGGUUGCCAGUUGUAAUUGCUAUUAAUACGUUCACGUGA